AUGAAGCUCCCAAUGGCCCUUCGUCUGAUAGGUCUGUCUGCAGUGUUCUGCAUCAGCUGCUCUUUGGCCACACCUCUACCUAUUUACAGUUCACUGGAGGGAAGUACUGAUGAGGAAGAGUUCAAUAACUUCACUUCCUCUGUUCCUACCAGCGACCUUUCAUCUGACUACCAAACCACACCUGUUGGUCCCACGCAUGUGGAUGCCGACUUUCUCAGUCAGGUUGUGAACUUUUUAGAGGAGAACAUGCUCCUCAUCCUUGUUGCAAGCGCUUUCUUCCUUAUUAUCGUCCUCAUCAUCUGUGGUGCCAUUUUCAUGAGCCGCAGGCGCAAAGUCAAUGCUUACUACCCUUCCUCUUUCCCUUCCAAAAUGUAUGUGGACCACAGGGACAAAACCGGAGGUGCUAAAAUCUUUAAUGAGGUGCCAGAAAAGGCCGUUCCUGAACAGGAAAGUGAACCAGUGGACUCUCACAAACAGCUCCAGGCAGACAUCAUGAGGGCAGCCAAGAGCCUCCGCACUCCAAAUAAAUGUGUCGAUGCUGCAGAGGGAGGUGACUCCAGUCAGAAAGUAACAGACCACAGUCCUGAAGACAGCUCUAAAACAGAUGGUAGCAUCCUGGGCAAGGAGCUACCAAGUCUCCCUGAGGAAAAUGAGCUGUCUCAUCAGCUUUCUGACAGUGAAGCAGCUGCAGCAGCAGGCACCCCUGAGCUGAAUUCUCCAGAGCAGCCUUGUCCAGAGGAAGAUGAUCCACAGGAGCCCUUAAUCGGCAGGAGUCCUCGGCCCCCUUCUCUGCAUAUUCAUAAUGACUCUGCAACGCUGCAGCUGAUCGCCGGAGAGAAAACUGCAUUCUAACUAUUCUGAACACCAGGACCUGACUAUAUUUUCUAACUAUUUGAAGCCACAACCAGCAGUUUGUCCUUUAAACCAUCUCAAAG